GACGAUGAGGCUCCUGACGAGUGGGCCUUGAUGCAAACAGGGUUCGAGACAAAGAAAGCAGCUUCUGAAUGGGGACGAAGUCCGGAGAAGGCAGUGCUUGCAAACAAGGCAGCAGCUCUGCACUCGGAGCAUCUUUGGGAGGCAGCAGCCCUGAGAGAGGCAGUGACACCAGAGAAUGGAGAGGCUGGGAGCAGGGCGGCUGUGAGUGCGGCCGUGGCCACACAGCCAGAUAUGGACGGACGUGGACAGGAAGCGGCCACAGACCUAGAGGACAGGGAGCCCGUGGAAGAUGCUGCAUCCCAGACAGAGGAUGGUUCUGGAGAGGCAAUGGUUGGGGGAGAGAAACCAUCCAGAGAGAGGAAGGAAGUUAUGGGGACAGAAACACCCUGGAGCUCCUCUACAGGAGAGACAGGGGCGGCCAGGGCAGGGGAGUCAGAGGGCAGGCCUGAGGAACUGUGCAAGGACGACGUGCAACGGCAGGACAGGGUGACCGAGGCAGACCCCAACAGGGAACAUGAUAGGAGAGCAAUGUCACCUGAGGAAUUAGAUGGAGCAAGAGAAAGGAGAGCUGAGAGGCCAGUAGCACCUCUGAGGGAAACUGAACCUGAGAGAGAAGAGGUGACAAGGGCAGAUGCACCUAAGGAUGAAGAUGUUCUAGAAGAAGAGCCAACUCUUAAAGGGGAAGAGGGGGAAACAGUGAAGGAAGGGAGAUCUGAGGAAGAGACAAAAGCCCCCCACAGUGAAAUUGGCUCUGGUGCUGAGGAUGAAGUGCCUGCUGAGGCAUCUGAACUGACUGAAGAUACGGGAUUUCCAGAAAAUUCACUAACAGAGAGAGUGGUUUCCAUGUUUGAAGCAAGACCUGGAUCUGAAGAGUCACUGGAAAAACUAACAACUCUGAGGAAGGAUGGAGAAGGGGAAAGACUGAUCGCAGCCAGAGACAUGGAGCACAGGGGCCGAGCAGAGCUGCUGGCCAGGGAGGAUGUGGCCCCUUCCAAGCAGGAGCUGGGGCCCCCCUGCCAUGGAGGGGGCGCGUCAGGAGCUCCCGCAAGCCAGCUGGCAGGGAAGGCCCAGACACCUGAGGUGACGACCACAGCCACAGGUGAGGCUGAGGAGUGUGCAGCUGAGGAUCCAGACUGCCUUGCAGGACUGCAGGGAAGGGAGGAAGAAGGGCCUCUGCAGGGGCAAGAAGGAGCUGGGGACAAGCUUAUGAUCCAGGAAGAUGUUCCUGAGGGAGAGCCCAUGAUGGCAGGAAAGUCCAAUGAAGGAGGGAAGGAUAAGGACCCAGAGGAGGAGGAGGAUGAAGAGUGUGCUCUGGGGACGGGAGAGAUGAAGGACAGGAACACAGAGGGGGAUGGGGACAUGGGAGGAGGAGCAGUUAUGGCUGAGGAAGGUCUCCAAGGAGGAGGAAAGGCAGACACGGCCGCAGAGAAGAGGGAGGUGUGGGCAGAUUCCAAGACAGCUGAG